AACAGUAAAAAUAGAGUAGGUGGUGUGGAACCAAGAUCUUUAUUGAUAGAGAGAGUUUACAAUGUAGAGAGAAUAAUGAUGGAAAAUAAUCUACCUCCUUAGGUUGAUCCUAGAGGUAUUUAUAGGAUGCUUAAAUAUAAUUAUUCUAGGAAUACAAUUUUAUUUGAUUGGUGUUUGGGAUAUUCUUAUUCUAAUGGGAUUUAUCCUAUUCUACUUUUGAUAAGACUAUCUCUAGAAUGCCUCCACGUGUCCUAAUUAUCAUAGGACUUAUUUUAGCUGCAUUUCCCGAAUUUUUCUACUUUUUUGGCAGCCACUUUAUGUAUGUGGCCUCCGUUGUGUGGCUUUUUGGUACGGCCGGCCCUUUUGGUUCAAAUCCCUACUUUCUUGGGAUUUUAUGCAAUUUAAUCUUUUUGGCUUGCUGGUGCUUUCAUUGAGUUUCCCGAUUCUUCCUUUUCUUUUUGUUUGACUUUCUCUUGAUUUCUUUUUGUCUUCUUGUUUUUUCGGAUUCUUCCUUUCCUUCUUUGUUUUCUUCUUUUUGAAAAAAGUUUCUUUGAUCUUGUGGUUUGAUCAAGCCGGUUGUCUUGUGAUGGCCGGUAAUCCUUCUUCCUCUGGUUCCGGCUCUGUUCGGAUUACUACCUCUGGUUUUGUUCCGACCAUUUCCCCUGGUUCUGUUCCGGCCAUUUCCCCUGGUUCUACUUCGGUCGCUGCUUCUGGUUCUGUUCCGGUCACGACUUUCGGCUUUGGCCAGAUCUCUGCUCUCGGCUUUGUUCCGGUCUCUGCCUCUGGUGGUUCCUCUGUUAAUGACGUGGGUGUCCUUCCCACUUCUUCUGAGCCGGAGUUCUUUGAUAUUUUCUGCCUUCCCCUCAAUGCUGAUGGGAAGUUUGUUGUGAAGGGCGCUCUACGCCAUGUGGAGAGGGAUCCCAUGGUUCCUUCCCUUCCUACCGAGGUUCCUUCGGUUUCAUCUUCGAAGGGUGGAAGAGUUGUUCUUCCUCUAGGCUCGACGAAGGUGUUCUGUGAUCUUGAUAAAGUGUCUUGGGUUACUACUAGUUGUGAUGUGGAUGAGAGUAGGGAGAUUUAUAAAAAGAACUUGAUAGAUCCGCAGGUUUUCCUUCCUCAACAUCCGGCGGGCCGUGCGGCAUUUCAAUGCCUUCCCCUCGAUAUGUGUGUGUACAAGGAUCAAUUUGCAUGUGGGUUGCGUUUUCCUUUGCAUCCUUUUUUCCUUGAGAUUUGUGAUGAAUUCUCUAUUAGCCUUCCUCAAUUAGCUCAUCGUGCUAUUGCUUAUAUAGUUGCUUUUAUUGUGAGAUGUUUCCUUCUCAGGAUUACACCUACCCGUGAGCUUUUUUGUUUCUUUUUUCAUUUAAAAACUGCUGAGCCCACUGGUAGUUGGUAUUAUUUUUCGCGUAGAGUGCUAGAGUUUCAAGGUGUGGAUGAUAAAAAACGUCGCCGGGAUGCUGAUUUUCCUUCUCUCUGGCGGGUCCCUCGUACUACUAUUGCUGAGGUUCUGCUUUCGGUAGAUGAUUAUAGGGCUGUCCAUAAGUUUGUUACCGAACCUUCCGUGAGCAUUGCAGAGUUGAUUGUUCGUGAGAAUUUGAUUGAGGCGGGUGUCUGGGUUCCCGGUUCUUGUGACUCCUACUCUGAUUUUCCCGUUCCUUUUGUUCCUUCCGGUUUUGAGGCUUCUCCGAGGCCUGAACGAUCCCUAAAACGGAAGAUUGGUGAGGGGAGUCCGGCUGCCAUUCAUAGUCCUUUUCUUGGUUCUGCUGGUGGCAUAAAUACCUUAGCUGUUUUGAGUCGUUCUGCCAAGAUUGAGAGGCUCGAGAAGGUUGAUAGAGCUGUGAAGGCCGAGAAAUUAUUAGCUGAGAAAGUUAAGAAGGCUGUUGGCAAGUCAAAGGGAAUCGUUCCUCAAGGGGCGCCUUUGGCUGUGAGGAGGUCUAAGAGGUUGAAAAGUGCUUCUUUUAAAGUAGCUUCCGCGGGUGGUUCUGACAAGGGUGUGGCGGAGGCUUGUGUUAUUGAGGUUGAUAAAGAGGUUCCUGCUUCUUUCGUUUUUCCUGAUGAUGAGUUGCAGCAGUUCUCUUCGGAGGGAAGACUCUUGAUUUCUUCUUUUAUGGACUUUAUUGCUGGAAAAAGCUUCUCUAAGCCUUUGACAAGGUUGCCCUUGAAAGAUGUCGUCCACCCUGGUUAUGAUAUCGACCUUGAGGGUCCUUCUGUUAUUAGGCAUAGUUCUAUUGCCCGCGAAUCUUCUAAAUCCAUGUUGUUGGCUGGUGACAAAAAAUUACUUUCAAAUUUUCCUUUGGAGGUUCUUCAUGAUAUGGCCGUUCAUCAUUCUGCUAGUGUUUGUGCUGUACUACAGCAUAUGAAAGAAAUUCUCCUAGAUAAGGAAGAUUCCUCUUACUGCGCUGCUGCUGAUUUGUCUGAGAUGCGGGAGAGGAGUAAGGAUCUAUUAAACUUGUGUCGGCAGCUUCAUUCUGAGAAAACAGUACUGGGAGCUAACUCCAUUGAGGUUGAGAGGUUGAAGAAAGAGCUAACUAUGCUCCAGGAAUGUUAUGAUCUGUUGAAGAGAGAGAAAGAACUUUUCUCUUCUUCUGCUGCUGCGUCUUUGGAGUCCUUUGUUUUGUCCUUGCAGUGGCAGUUGGGUGAUCUUUCUUCUGUGAAUUCUACUUUGGAGAGGUCCAUCUCAGAUUUGAAGGCGCAGGUUUCCUCUCUACAAGCUUCGUCUUCUUCUAUUGUUCAGUCUUUUAAGGAGUCUCCUGAAGGUAGGGCCUUUGCUCUUUCUGGCAGUUUGGGUUACUUUAAUCUUGCUGUCAAGCUUAUCAAGAUGUUGCUCCCUCGUCGUGGGUUGAUUGUGUCUGACCGUCUUGCUGAGUUUGAGGAUAUAGACGUUGCUGCCUUGAUUCAUGCUGAUCCGGAUUUGAAGAGAACUUAUGAUCAGGGUCCUAGUGCUGUUUUUCUGGAUGAUUCCCCUAGGCAGGCGUCUGAAGGUACUGAUAGCUCCUGGGAUGUGGGAGACUCUGCCACGGCUGUCUGUAGCAGGGGUAGCUCAGUUGAUGUGGAGGUUUCGCGGGGUGUCCCCCCUUCUUUGCCUGUGUAGCGAGCUUGAGGGCCGCAGAUAUUAUAUCUUUCUUUUUGCUUGUGGACUUGUUUUUUGUUUGUCUCGGGUUUCCGUCCUGUUUUGCGUUGUGCUCUUUGCCAAGACUACAUUUAUAUGAAAAAUAUGUUUUCUUUAUUUUUUGCCUUGUCCUUUGUGGUGUAUCUUACGUGGCUUUUAUUUGGGGUAUCUAUGUGAUCCCACGUUUGCUCGCAGCUUUAUUGCUUUCUGCUUGGGUAUUUAAUGUACACCCA